UUUGGUAGGUAUAAGCUUUUAUCGCUAACUGUACUGUUUAGGGUUAAAGGGGUAAAAAAAUCAAUGGGUACUGAUAAAAAAAAUAUAAUUAUACUUUUGUGAACUUAUUAUUGAGUUUCCUAUACUAUCCUUGUUGAUUAAGACUUAAGAAUUCAGAACCAAUUGAUUACAUUGCAUUGUGUUCAUUCAUUAUUUUUUAAUCGAUCACAAAUCGAUUUCAUUCGCCGAGCCUGGUCUCUAAGCAUAUUAAAUCACUUUACUUCAGAACGCAAUGAAACAUUUUCUUAUAUUUAUAUUGGUAAUCCCAUUAACGUUAAGUGAAUUUAACUAUGGCAAUAAUAGGGAGUACUUCGAAACGUAUAAACAGUGGCAUGACAGGGAUGUAAAUAACUGUAGACCUGGAUCUCCACAAGGAGGCUACGGACCUGGGCUAUCUAAUUGUCGUCUUAGUGCUACAAACAGUAAAACAACGGACUCAGGUAAAGAUAAGAAAGACAAGAAAUGUACAAGCAAAGAUCGGUUUAAGGCUGAAGAUGGCUGCAAUUGGUGCUUUUGUGAUAAAGAUUCUACCAUGUGCACUGCAAUGCGAUGUAUUAAGAAAUCAAAGAAGACGAGAUUAAUGUCCGACGUUGAGUCCUGUCAGAACAAACCUCUAGGCAAGUUCAAGUCUGAAGACGGGUGUAACUGGUGCUACUGUAUAGACACAAACACGCCGAUCUGCACACAGAUAGAGUGUUACAAACAGAAGCUUAGAAAGACGAAGGAUCCCAACGUCUGUUUAGCCAAGGACAGAAAACCAGGCAGAUUCCUGCACCCAGAUGGAUGCAAUUGGUGCUAUUGCAUUUCUUACUUACAAAUGUGUACGAUCAUGGCCUGUCCUAAACAGGAUGGGCAGUUAAACGAAGGGAUAAGUACGCAGUUCGUGUUCCGAAGUGGAAACUUCCGAUUUGUCGCUAAUGGAAAUUAUACCAUGAUUACAUUAACAUCUGGAAUGAGUAAAGGUACUGGAUCAUUGAAUAACUCCGUCAAGUCAAUACUGCCUAAAAAAGACUUUUUUGCUAAGAAUUUUAAGGAUUUCGGCAAAAAAAUCGACCCCUUACUGCCUGACAGAAACAAAGCUAAUGGCAAAAAGAAGCCAUCAUUAUUGCCUGACAACCUAUUUCCAAACUUCUUCAAAACAGACCCAGUUAAGACUUUACGGCCAAAAAAGAAUAUAUUUCUGAAUAAGAAAGGGUUACAAACGCCGACGAUAUUGACAAAUUGGUUUCCCGAUUAUGCUCACAUGGAUUACACGGAUAAUCUGUUGCUGCCUGAAAAGAUGACAUUGAAGAAGAAGUUAAAGAUGAAGUCGCUGAAAGAAUUGGCGCAGGAGUGUAAAGCAGGAAGCAAGUUCAAAGACCCGUUCGGAUGCAAUUGGUGCACAUGUGUAGAAGAUGGCGUCGUUAUUUGUGACCAAGACGAUUGUGAAGCUAAUAAAAAUUAAAUAUUGUGAUAUCCUAGAUCCCAAAGAUCCAAAAUCUUCAGCAAAACCGAGAUUGGUAGGCCGAACGUGAUCGGUUAAUUUUAUACACGAUUGUCAUUGGUCUAUGUCCUAGCAAUGUGCCAAAGACAAUUUUCAAAAAUUGCAAAGUUCCAAUGUAAUGUUCUCGGUAUUUUUUCUGCACAUUUAUUACCAAAUCUUCUAAGAGCUAGUUUCGGUUUCUAUGUAACUUGAAAUAGUCGCCAAUGAGUAACGUGAACGUUAAAUGAAACAGUGGUCAGCAGUUACGAACAUUGAGUAAUAAUCCCUAAUCUAAACGGUACUUUCUAAGCGGAAACAUGCUUAAGAAUUUCCCAUGUAAGUUUCCAGAAAUUUUGACAAUGUUUUGUAACUUGUACGUUACUACUAGGCACCCUGUUGUAGAGUUAGAGAGAUAAGAUGGCAGCAAUUUAGACUGUCCAGACAGUGCAAGUGUUAUUUUAAACGUCAAUAUCGCUGCCAACUUAGCUUGGUCUGGCUCACGAAGAAUUGUACUGUAACCCGUUGUUUUUAGCUUUUGUUGCUGCAUAUUUUGUUUAAUAUAUUGCUAUUGCAGUAUAAAAAAUAGAAA